AUGAAAUUUGGCAUAUUUAUGGGUCCGUUUCACCGGGCCGGCGAAAAUCCCACACUGGCUCUCGAACGCGACCUGGAACUGGUGCAGUGGCUGGACUACCUGGGCUUCGAUGAGGCCUGGAUUGGCGAGCAUCACAGCGCCGGUUGGGAAAUCAUCUCCUCACCAGAAAUCUUUAUCGGUGUCGCCGCCGACCGCACCAAGCACAUCAAGCUGGGCACCGGCGUUGUCAGCCUCCCCUACCAUCAUCCUUUCAUGGUGGCCAAUUGGAUGACCCAGCUCGACCACAUGACUCGCGGCCGCGUGAUGCUGGGUGUUGGCCCGGGCGCUCUCCCCGGUGAUGCCUACAUGAUGGGCAUCGACCCCUCUAAACAGCGCAUCCGGAUGGACGAAUCCCUUGGCGUGAUAAUGCGCCUCUUCAAAGAGAAGGAGCCCAUUACCCACCACAGCGACUGGUUUGAGUUGCAGGAAGCCAUGCUUCAGCUUCGGCCCUACCAGACCCCGCACAUGCCCAUUUCCGUGGCCUCCGUGCAAACCCCCUCGGGCGUGGCGCUGGCUGGCAAGCACGGAGCAUCCGUGCUGACCAUCACCACCCCGCGCGACCCCGCCGCUGCCUCCGGCACCGACCUCAAGGAGCUUUGGGACAUUUGCGAAGAAUCAGCCGCCGAGCACAACCAGGUGGUUGAUCGCUUUGACUGGCGCCUGGUGCUCCCGGUCCAUCUGGCCGACACUCGUGAAGAAGCAUUUGAGCAGGCCCGCAUCGGCGCCGGCCGUUACCAGCGUGAAUACUUCGAGCACACCAUGGGCCGUCCGCAGGUCGUGGAUGGUCCCCCCGAAAAGAUCAUCGAUGUGCUGGCCGAACGCGGCGCUUGGAUCAUCGGCACGCCCGAUGACUGCAUCGAAGGCAUCAAGCGUCUUGAAGAGCGUAGCGGCGGUUUCGGAGCAUUCAUGGUGCAAACCGUGGACUGGGCUUCACGCGAGCACAUGAUGCACAGCUACGAACUGAUCGCCCGCCACGUUAUGCCCCACUUCCAGGGUUCGGCCGAUGCUGCCAAGGCCUCCAACCAGUGGGCAUACGAGCACAACGAGACCCUGAUGGCUGGACGCACCCGUGCCCUGGACCGUGCGCGCGAGGAUUACGCAGCCCGCAGUGCAUAG